UCAUCAAUCAGCAGAAAUCUGUUCGACCAAGAACACAUAUAUACUUGUGUACGCUGUUGUCGCUUACAUAGUUUCUUGUUUGUUUUGAGUGUUAUCUCUCGGCGUUUAAAAGGUUAUCACCAGACUCAAUUUGAAUUUCAACUUGAAAUUCAUUUUUCAGUUCAUUUAAUUUCCGUUAAGACGUAAAAGUGAAUCGGUUUAUUAAGCGCUGUGCUUUCAAGUAAUUGACCAAACAAGAGCGCAAUCGAAAUCAUCCAACAUGAAAUUUUUACUCGCUUUACUUGGACUUUUGUGCCUUGGAUUCAUCGACUUCUCUGCGGGCUCAACAUCCGCCCUGACCAUCUCACAGGCUACAGAGUUUUGCGAAAGAGAAGUGCCAAACUAUUGCGUUCAAACCACUUGCCCGAUAUUCUGUAACGCAUUGAGAACGAAAACCCAGCGGACAAAGUGUAAUUCCGGAUGUACCACCACCAAUCGAUGCAAAAACAAUCCCAUUCGGCUCAGCAAUGCCGACCAGACCAACGAAGCAUUGGAUGCACAGAACCGAGAACAGCUCAUUGCCUGCAUCGCCGAGAAAAGAGACCCGAACGCCAAACAAACUGGCCGUAGAACGACACCGUGGAAGGACAUUAGAACACCAAGCUUCUUACGGGCUACACGACCUUAAUCAAGAGCAUUUUUGUAUGAUUUAUAUACAAUUCCGAUCAAUUAAAAUGUGACUCAGACUCGUUGAGUUUAUUGAAAAAGUAAA